AAUCUGCACAAGCGAUAGUAGCAUCCAUACAACAGGGAUUGAAAUCAAAAUUAUCCCAGAAAGCCCAAAGGCGUAAUUUGGAGUUGUUUCUUACCAGAUUAUCGUGAGUUUUCCACCAUCAAGAAUUCGUCAUGGGCGAGUGGCAGCAAGGCCUGUGUGGCUGUUUCGGAAAUGUUGGGUUGUGCUGCAUAACCUGGUUUGUACCGUGCUACGUGCACGGUAAGAAUGCCGAGGCUGUGGGUGACGACUGCCUGCUGUGUGGCCUGUCCAUCUUUGUGCCUUUCCUCAAUUGGUACACGCUCUUCGUGGUCCGAGGCAAGAUUCGAGAGCAGCGUAGUAUCGAAGGAGAUCAGACCAACGACAUCUUGGUCACCUUCUGCUGUGCUCCGUGUGCUUUGGUGCAGGCAGGGGCAGAGAUGCGCGAUUCUACGGGCCUGGGAAUAGGCCAGUCUAUGGCUCGUGUUUAACAUUGAUCAGCAUGCCCUCCUCAUUCACUGCGACGUUGAUCAAUCUCGUACCGCACCAAAAUGAUUAUACAAACUUCCCAACUUCAUCUCACUAUAACUCACCGAAGAGUCAAAGGAGUCGCUAUCUUAGAGACAACCCCACCGUCAUAGGGAUGCAUGGAUCCCCACCCAAUCUCCAAGUCUUACAACCAUUAUUGACAAGAAUGUGCAUGUGCUUGCUGCUCCGCAAGACCAAAUAAACAUGAUCCUUCUAUCAGCUAGUGGUCAUCAAGGAUCGGAACCACCUCAGAUUGUUGCCACAUUAGCAAGAUGCCUUCCUUCAUUUGGAAAGUUGCUACAAGCUUAACACUCAAUAACAGAAUACAAGUCAUGUCCUCCGAACGUUGAAGCUAGCCUUCCCACCGACAACCAACCAACAACGUUCUCCUUUCGAUGAUACGCCGGCUCAGCUGAAUAGUUCAUCAGCGUCAAGUUGGCCUAACUAAUGUAACUCAAUAGUCACCUUUUGGGAUUUCUCUACUUUUAAAAAUUAUCAACUUCAUUGCAUAACAAAUUAACAAAGUUUAACGUAGAUAACCACACACCGAGUUUUUUUGUAGGUAAUUUUGAAGGACUAAUUUUUGUACUGUUCAUAACGCACCUUUGGCAAGGAGUACCUUGCGUGACAAAAGCAAAAUAGAGCCCUCUUAUAUAUUGAUAAAGGAUUUACUAAUUAUUGAAAAACUACCACUUUCUUGUCACUUCCAAUGGAAACAAGUAUUAAGAUCUUGUAUGUAUUGUUGCA